GAGCAGUUGAUAUCUACAACAGAUUUAAUAAUUUCAUUUUAACAUUACGACAUUCCAUUUCAUUUUCAUUCUGUCAAACAAGUUGAUCAACCAAUCUCAUUUCAUACAGAGGUAUAUUCAGUAUUCUUUCUUUGCAAAAGGUUUGCUAAUCAAAAUACUAUCAUACUGCAACAAUUUAUAGUACUGUGUAUAAUUCAGUUGAUGUAGCCUUUCCCAUUCGGGUUAAUUUUAUUAAAGACAAAAUAAAUAUAUUGGUGGGCUGCUUGUGUGUACUCCACUACUGUUAAGAAUGUCCUGAGCCUAUUGUGCCUGUCUGUCUGUGCAACCUGAAUUACAUCAUCAAUCUUCUGGGCACAAUUACAGUCAUGCUUUCAUAUUUCACAUUGCAGUUCCAUACAGGUGUCCUUUCAUGAACCUAAAGCUGCUGUACUCAAUAAAGUGCUGUCCUUAUGUGGAACAUACAGUACAUGUUCAGUAUUCACUGAUGGAAAAGAUAGUGAAUAGAGUAAACACAUGCCUCAAUCCAAGCUCACUGAAGCCAAGACAAUAGUAGCUCACUGAGGAUUUGAAUUGCAACAACCACAUGAUUGGAUAGGACCCAUGCUAGGGUCAAUCAAAUAGUCCUUCCAUAAACCUGAAUCUGCUUUAGUAAGUAGUGUGCUGUCCUUAUGUAUCCUUACAUGUGCAGUAUUCUCUCAAGAAAGACUAGUGAACAGAACGGACAAAAAGGGUUAUUUCCAUUGGUCGCCAUCCAAGCUGAUUGAAGUUGAGUUGCUCACGGAGAUGCCCACUGAAUUUUUGAAUGGCAACAACAAUUAGAUUGGCUGUGGUUAUAUCUGGGUGUCAUGAGUCUAUUUGUGGUUGUUAUGGCUGUAUCGAUGGGUGUCAUGAGUCUAUUUGUGGUUGUUAUGGCUGUAUCGAUGGGUGUCAUGAGUCUAUUUGUGGUUGUUAUGGCUGUAUCGAUGGGUGUCAUGAGCCUAUUUGUGGUUGUUAUGGCUGUAUCGAUGGGUGUCAUGGGCCUAUUUGUGGUUGUUAUGGCUGUAUCGAUGGGUGUAUAUCGAUGGGUGUCAUUAGUCUAUUUGUGAUUGUUAUGGCUGUAUGUGUCGAUGGGUGUUAUUGCUCUACGUUUUAUGGUUGCACCUAUGGCUUAUAUGUCAAAUCAUGCCAUGACUCAUCAAUCAUGUCUACCCAUCAGUCAAUACUAUUCAAUCAAAUUGGCAACAGGGAAUUCAGGCAAAACACUAUAUUUGCAGCUGUUAUAGAGAAAGGUUGACUAAAUACCCAGUUAAGUUUUUUUGGUUUCUCAGGUGUAGGAACAGUUCCAUAAAGUGCACAAUCAUGAGCACAUAGAAGACAGAACAACUACUGAUGGUGAUGGACAAUAUCCACAU